AUUGUAUUGAAUAUUUAUUAUUAUAAAGCGAAAGAAAAGCUACAAGAGAAGAGAUUCUUUUGAAAGAAAAAAAGAAAAGAAAAAAGCAAAGAGAAUAGGACCAGUGAGUACAGUCCACUCUUCCUUCUAACAAAUAUAUAUAGUCCUUUCUCUUUCUUUGACAACUAUAUGGUUUGGCCUUUGGGCACAGCACAGGACUAAGCCAGUUCUUUUUUAAAACUUUGCUUUGUUCACAAGCCAACAACCCAAACCACCCACCCAUCCAACCACAACCACCUCUCUUCAUUCUUCAUCUUCUCUGCUUGUUUUGAUUUUGUGUAGUUUUUAUUUAUGGUUGCUGCAAAUAAUUAAAGGAAUUUGAUAUGGUCACGAUGAGACAAUUUUAAAGUUUAAGUCUUUUUUGUUCUGGAGUGAAAUUUGAACUUCAAGGAGAGAAGAAAGAAGCAUCAUCAAUGGAGGAAAAGCCAUUCCCAGCUUGGUCCUGGUCUGUUGAGCAGUGUUUAAAAGAAUACAAUGUGAAACUUGAUAAGGGUCUGAGUGGUUAUGAGGUUGAGAAGCGUCGUGAUAGGUAUGGCUGGAAUGAACUUGCUAAAGAGAAAGGAAAGCCGUUGUGGCGUUUGGUUUUAGAACAGUUUGAUGAUAUGCUUGUCAAGAUACUUUUAGUUGCAGCCUUCAUAUCAUUUAUUUUGGCUUAUAUGCAUGGAACUGAAUCAAAAGAAUCUGGAUUUGAGGCCUAUGUGGAACCAGUUGUGAUUGUCUUGAUCUUAGUCAUCAAUGCUAUUGUUGGAGUUUGGCAAGAGAGUAAUGCUGAAAAAGCACUUGAAGCUCUUAAAGAGAUGCAAUGUGAAUCUGGGAAAGUUUUAAGGGACGGAUAUUUCGUGCCCGAUUUGCCUGCUAGGGAGCUUGUUCCUGGUGAUAUAGUGGAGCUUCGAGUUGGUGACAAAGUCCCUGCUGACAUGAGAGUUGCAGCUUUGAAAACUUCUACUUUAAGAGUUGAGCAGAGCUCAUUGACUGGAGAAGCCAAUCCUGUUUUGAAAGGAACUGAACCUGUUUUCAUGGAUGAUUGUGAAUUGCAGGCUAAAGAAGACAUGGUUUUUGCAGGGACAACUGUUGUCAAUGGGAGCUGUAUGUGUAUUGUGGUUAGCACUGGGAUGAACACCGAGAUUGGUAAAAUACAGAAGCAAAUACAUGAGGCUUCUUUGGAAGAGAGUGACACCCCUUUGAAGAAAAAGCUUGAUGAAUUUGGGAGCAGGCUCACUACUGCAAUUGGGGUUGUUUGUCUUGUAGUUUGGAUUAUAAACUACAAAAACUUUCUGUCUUGGGAUCUUGUUGAUGGAAAGCCAACAAAUAUUCGGUUUUCAUUCGAGAGAUGUACUUACUAUUUCAAGAUAGCUGUCGCUCUUGCUGUGGCUGCAAUCCCUGAAGGCCUUCCUGCUGUUAUUACAACAUGCUUGGCUCUUGGAACAAGGAAAAUGGCAAAGAAGAAUGCCAUUGUACGAAAACUCCCGAGUGUGGAAACACUAGGAUGCACAACUGUGAUUUGUUCUGACAAAACUGGGACUUUGACAACAAACCAGAUGGCUGUGACAGAAUUCUUCACUUUGGGAGGGAAGACAACUGCCUCUAGAAUAAUUCAUGUUGAAGGGACUACUUAUGAUCCCAAAGAUGGUGGGAUAGUUGAUUGGACAUGCUACAAUAUGGAUCCUAAUUUGCAAUCCAUUGCUGAAAUAUGUGCUGUUUGUAAUGAUGCUGGGAUUUACUUUGAUGGGAACCUUUACAGGGCUACUGGGUUGCCCACUGAAGCAGCUCUUAAGGUUUUGGUUGAGAAGAUGGGAGUUCCAGAUAGCAAAGCUAGGAACAAGAUUCGUGAAACUCAGCUUGCUGCAAGCUAUUUGAUUGAUAAUAGCACAGUCAAACUGGGUUGUUGUGAGUGGUGGACAAAGAGAUCAAAAAAGGUUGCUACUUUGGAGUUUGAUCGUGUUAGGAAGUCAAUGAGUGUUAUUGCCCGGGAGCCUACUGGACAUAACCGACUUCUUGUCAAGGGUGCUGUUGAGAGUUUACUGGAGCGAACCUCACAUGUUCAACUUGCUGAUGGAUCCCUUAUACCAAUAGAUGAGCCAUGCAGGCAAUCUUUGCUUAUGAAACUUUCAGAGAUGAGCUCCAAGGGAUUACGUUGCUUGGGCCUGGCGUAUAAGGACGGACUUGGAGAGCUUUCAGAUUAUUACUCUGACAGUCAUCCUGCUCACAAACUGUUGCUUGAUCCAGCUAACUAUUCCAGCAUUGAAAGUGACUUAGUUUUUGUAGGGAUUGUUGGUCUGAGAGACCCUACUCGUGAGGAAGUUCACAAAGCAAUUGAGGAUUGUAAAGAAGCUGGGAUUAUGGUUAUGGUCAUAACUGGAGAUAAUAAGUCCACAGCUGAGGCCAUUUGUAAGGAAAUCUCAUUGUUUUCGAAAGGUGAGGAUCUAAGGGGGAGAAGUUUUGUUGGUAAAGAGUUCAUGGCUCUUUCACCUUCAGAACAAGUUGAGAUAUUAUCGAAACCAGGAGGAAAAGUCUUCUCUCGUGCUGAGCCAAGGCAUAAGCAAGAAAUCGUUAGGAUUUUGAAGGAGAUGGGUGAGAUUGUUGCAAUGACAGGAGAUGGUGUCAAUGAUGCCCCGGCACUUAAGCUAGCUGAUAUUGGAAUAGCCAUGGGAAUUACUGGAACUGAGGUUGCAAAAGAAGCUUCAGAUAUGGUUUUAGCAGAUGAUAACUUCAGUACCAUUGUCUCAGCUAUUGCUGAGGGUCGUUCCAUUUAUAGUAACAUGAAAGCUUUUAUUAGGUACAUGAUAUCGUCAAAUGUUGGAGAGGUUAUAUCCAUAUUCUUGACUGCAGCAUUGGGAAUACCUGAAUGUAUGAUACCAGUGCAGCUUCUUUGGGUGAAUCUGGUUACUGAUGGUCCCCCUGCAACAGCUCUGGGCUUUAACCCUGCUGAUGCUGACAUUAUGCGAAAACCACCCAGGAAAAGCAAUGAUGCUCUCAUAAAUACUUGGGUUCUUUUCCGUUACUUGGUUAUUGGCUCAUAUGUAGGCAUUGCCACAGUUGGUGUCUUUAUCUUGUGGUACACUCAGGCAUCCUUUUUGGGUAUCAAUCUUGCUAGUGAUGGACAUACACUGGUUGAGUUAUCUCAGCUUCGCAAUUGGGGUGAGUGUGCUUCAUGGUCAAACUUCACAGCUGCUCCAUAUAGUGUGGCUGGGGGUCAAAUGAUCACAUUUUCAGAUCCUUGUGAUUAUUUUUCUGUUGGGAAAGUAAAGGCGAUGACAUUGUCGUUGUCUGUCCUGGUGGCAAUUGAGAUGUUCAACUCUCUGAACGCCCUUUCGGAAGAUAUCAGCUUAAUCAGAAUGCCUCCUUGGAGGAACCCUUGGCUUUUGGUGGCCAUGACAGUGUCAUUUGGACUCCAUUGCCUCAUACUCUAUGUUCCUUUUCUAGCAAAUGUCUUUGGAAUUGUUCCACUCAACUCAAAUGAGUGGCUUCUGGUCAUUUUGAUGUCUGCACCGGUGAUACUAAUCGAUGAAGUACUCAAAUUUGUUGGAAGGAGUCGAAGGAAGCAAAAGAAGGAGAAGAUAGCAUGAGGAAAGAAAAAAAUCAGGCCUUUGACAUAAAAUGGACUUUUAUAAAAACAAUUUUUGGUGAUGCAUUAUUAAAAAUCAGGUUGUUAGUUCCUACUUAAUAUUCUUUGAUAGUUUUAUUGUUCUUCACGAACUACAUUUGUCCUAUAUUGAAAGGAAAUGCACAAGAUCUAUAUGUUCCUUUAAGAAAUACAAAUGAAAUAUUAGGAAUCACCUGUUUACUGAUCUUUUCCUAACUAUAAGUUUCAUUUUUUUUUUUGUAAGAAAGAGGCUACUCCUAAUGAAGCUAUAAUUACGAGAGAAUUAUUUCUGU